ACUCCAGGUUCGCCGGGAUAUCCAGGGACAUCGGGUUCUCCAGGCUCUCCGGGAUAUCCGGGAUCCCCAGGAACACCGGGUUCUCCAGGCACUCCAGGUUCGCCGGGUAGUCCAGGCUCUCCGGGAUACCCAGGAACACCAGCUUCUCCGGGUAGUCCAAACAUUCCUGGAUCUCCUGGAAAUCCAGACUCACCGAAUUCACCUGUUAAUCAACCGUCAACAGGUAUUUGUACAGUAGAAGGCUUUUUCUCUGAUCCACAAGAUUGUCGCAAGUUUUAUCGGUGUGUCGAAAAUGGCAUGUCCUCCUUUAUAAAAUACGACUUUGAAUGUGGUGCUGGAACCGUUUGGGAUUCGUCCAUUCAGAGUUGCAAUCACGCAAAUGCUGUACCGCAUUGCAAUCAGGCAAAUAGUGCAAUUACAGAUAAACCAGACACAUCGCUGAAUGAAAUAAAUAGUACAAUUGGACCAGAUCCAAGCAAAUUACCAUCGCAAUCUUCUGAAAGCUCGACAUCUUCAAAACCAGAGAUACAAUCUUCGACUCAACCUGAUAGCACUACCGGUAAUCCCAUUGCACCAUCUCAGACGACGUCAACUUCUUAUUUGCCACCCAGUAGUACAUACUCUUCGACAAUGCAAGUUACCGAAUCUGUUUCUUAUGUUCCUCCUGCAACACAAAUGACUACUACAUCUGUAUCUUAUUUGCCACCUUCGACUAGUACCAGCGGAAUAUCUGAAUCUACACCCGAAUCUGUUUCAUAUUUGCCAGUUGAUACUAGUACAACAACUUUGCCAAGUUCUGCUUCGUCAGCUGCAUCUUUACCUCAGAAUGAAAAAUAUAAGUGUACUAAAGAAGGUUUCUUUCCGAAUCCUGAUAACUGCAAAAAAUUCUAUCGUUGCGUUCAAAACCAAUCCGGAUAUCAAAAAUACGAAUUUGAGUGCGGUCCUGACACAGUAUGGGAUCAAUCAAUACAAACGUGUAAUUAUAUUGAUAAAGUAGCUUCAUGUUCAUCAGGUAGCAAUCAAAUCGAUCAAGGCCUUGAUUCCAGUACUCCUACAUCUGAACUCCCUGCCAUGAGUAGUUCCACAAUUGUUUCUAGUCAAACAAUUGCAACUACAUCUCCAAUUCCAAUUUCUACCGAAAGCACUACAACUGCCAGUACUCCAAGUGAAACAUCAGACAAGACAGAAUCAUCAUCGACAACAAGUACUAUCACAACUGUUAGUAGUAGCGAAAAUCCCGCUUCAGAAAAACCAGAAGAGGUUCAAAUGCCUGAUUCUAGUACAGAAAGUUCAUCCGAAUCCUCAUCUGAAUCUACUUCUGAAUCAAAUGAAGGAUCAUCUUCAUCUACAUCAGAGUCACAUGCACCAGAUUGUGCGACACAAAACCCAAGCAACGCAAUAGUAUGCAAUAACGAAGGAUUUUAUCCGCAUCCAACUAACUGCAAUAAAUUCUAUCGCUGCGUCAAUAAUGGCAAUGGUUUCAAUGUACAUCAUUUUGAUUGCCCACCAGGUACUAUCUUUGAUUCUAGCAUCAGUGCAUGUAAUUAUCCUGAAUCUGUUUAUCCCGCAAAAGAUUGUACAACUGGAAAUACUUCAAGCAAUGUAGAAUCGACAACUCAAUCCGGAACGUCUGAACAAUCGACAUCAGAGGGAACUGCUACUGUAGCUACACAGAGCACAACUCAACAGCAAACAGAAGAAAGUACAACCACAACGACUGAGCUUGAUACAUCUACUUCAGAAGAAAGCGCUCCCACUUCUACAGAAUCAACGAUAUCAAGUUUACCGGAGAGUAGCGAAAGUAUGAUAGAGUCUACGACUGAAUCCACUAGUGCCACUACAGAAACCGCUUCUAGCACUUCUGAACAAAGUAGCGAAGCUGCUAUAACUGAAGCUGCUGCUUCCACAGAAUCCGGAACGUCUACGACUGAAUCUCAAGAACAAUCUACGGAAUCUCAGGAACAAUCGACAACUGAAGAAUCCCAGGAACAAUCGACAACUGAAGAAUCCCAGGAACAAUCAACAACAGAAUCAAAAGAACCAUCUACUACAGAAACUCAAGAACAAUCAACGACCGAAUUACAGGAACAAUCCACGACAGAAUCUCAAGAACAAACAACGACUGAAUCAUCAGAAUCGACAACAGCGGAACAAGGAGCACCUUGUUCUGUAGGCAAUUUAACUGACGAUCAAAUAAUUCUAGUUUGUCCCACUGGCUUCCGAAGGCAUCCGAAACAUUGUAAUCUAUUCUAUCAAUGUGCUUCCGAAGACAACAUGGAAAUAAAGAUUCUCGUAUUGAGUUGUCCCGAAAAUACCAUUUUUGACGAGAAAAAGAUUCAAUGUCUACCCGAAAGUGAAAGCAGUCAGCCAUGCAUGGGAACCAAGACAAGCGCCAGAUUUUAUAGAAGAUUAGAAGAUCAUGCUUUAUCACCUGUAAAAGUAUCGUCAAAUCAGCUUUGUCCACAAGAAGGACAUUUUCCUUAUCAACAAGGUUGUAGCAAUACCUUUUACAAGUGUAAACGCGAUGUCCGAAACAGUUUACAGGGAUAUCUCUAUAAAUGUCCCGAAAAUUUUGUUUAUUGGUCAGUCUCCAGAAGAUGCGAACGUGUGACACGUCUCCCAAUGUGUUCGCAUUUGUCGUACAGAGACAAAAUUGACUGGAAUGAUCGAUGGCAAAUACCGAUCGAAAAUUUUAAUCUUUCCGCCAGAAUGUUACACUUCUCUUGAUUGCUUAAUAAUAUUUCCUAUAUUCUACACUCUUAGUAAAUACGAGUUGCAGAUUUGCCAUAAUAAUAUCUAUA